GACUGCGCCAAUGAUCGACGAUUGAUCCGAAACGCGCUGGGCUAGUCACAGACCAGCCCCUGGCAAUCGCCCAAAUCGCUGAGGCCUUGGAUGAUGGGGGAUUACCUAAUCCUCCAUGUCAGUCCGCUCACCGCUGCGCCCCAGCCCACAACCUUCUCUGUGCCAGAUGACGCUAGUCAACGUACUGCAACCUUACUCGUAAUGACAUUUCGCGACACACGACAAUGGAACCAGUGGGACAUACGUUCGUCACUGAGACCGGCCAGCCGACACAGCGGCGUCGCAAGGCGCGGUUGGCCUGCAACCCUUGCCGGGCGCGCAAGACAGGAUGCGAUGGAAGGAAACCGGUGUGCAUGGCCUGCUCGCUGAGGGGCUGGGAGGACCGAUGCACCUAUCCGGACAGUGUCAUGCAGCAAUCGGGCGCACUGACUCUGGUCGACCUUGACCGACGACUCCAGAAACUCGAGAAUGAGGUUCGAGCUGACAGUGGCCCAUCUCCUAGGCCUGCGUCGGAUGGAGCGCAGUCUGCCGGUAGCUAUUUGCUUGCUUGGCUCCCCGCACGCACCCACCGUGUCUAACCCGGCCUCGCCGACAGGAGCCGC